AUGUACGUCGCUACUCCACCAAUCAAAGGAAAACAGUCCAUACUGGAAUACAAUGAAUUUAACAAACAAGACAGUCAAAGUAGAAACUUCCGCAAAACCAUCUCGGAUCGUUUUCUGGAAUUUUCAAGAAGCACCAGUAUACAUGGAUUUAAAUACUUAGGAGUGCGUCAAGGGUGCACCCUAGAAAAAAUAUGGUGGAUCGUGGUACUUAGUAUCUGCAUUUAUCUGUGUACCUUUUUCACAAUCCAGACUCUCAAGAAACGCGAGGAAAAUCCUGUUUUUAUAAGCUUUCAUCAGCCUAAUAUGCACAUAUGGGACAUACCCUUUCCAGCCGUUACCAUCUGUCCUGGAUCUAAAAUUAAAGCCACCAAGUACAAUUUUACACAGUAUUCUAACAGGAACAAAGAGGAUAAUCUUACCGGAGGAGAGUUGAAACGCUUUCGGGACAUGAGUUUAUUUUGUAAAUCUGAUUACCACUGUCCUUUCUCUGAGCAAGGACUACAACACAGUCUGAGCGAAGAAGCAGUGGACGAUUUUAUAAAACAUUCGGUGACCAUAGACGAUGUUUUUGAGCUUUGCAAAACAAAUCGAACCCCUUAUAAAUGUAACGAAUUUUUAUCGCCAACUUUAACAAUGGUAGGUCUGUGUUUUUCCUUCAACAUGUUAGACAAAACGGAAUUAUUUCAUAACAUAACUUCUAUUCGUGGGGAUCAUGUAAGACACAACAAAACACGUUUCUGGACUGCUGAUGACAAUUACGCGAAAACCAUGAAUCGUACUGUCCCUAUGAGAAUAACAAGUAUCAACGACGGUCUAUAUUUUCGCCUCCAUCUCAACAAGUCUGACAUAGAUGAGCUUUGUGACAAAAGUCAAGGGUACAGAGUAAUGUUGCAUCAUCCUGCUGAAGUUCCACUGUUGUCACAGAGACACACACACUUAUCCACUGACCAAAGUUAUAAGUUCUGGAUCAAACCUAACAUAAUAACGACUUCUACAAAUCUAAAAGAUUAUGAUCCCCAUAAGAGAGGUUGUUAUUUUGCCAAUGAAAAAAAAUUAAAAUAUUAUAAGGUUUAUACUGAACCAAACUGCAGAGAGGAGUGUUUGUCAAACUACACCAUCAAAAUUUGUGGCUGCGCUUUGUACCACUUACCACAUGAAAAAUCCUCCAGACUUUGUGGUCAUUCAGACAUUGCAUGCGUAUUUACUGUCAAAGAAAAACUGCUAAGUAUUGAAAUGAAGUUCGAAAUUCUCGAAGACAAUUCGACUUUUAGGGAUGAUCAAUGGGCAGAAGGUUGCGAUUGUUUACCAUCUUGUACUUCCAUAACAUACGAUGCAGAGAUUGUUCCCGAACAAAUGGCAACGUCUCCGAAUAGUUCAUUCUUUUCUACCACAGUGUACUUUACAUUCAAAGAUUCCAAUUUUAUAACAAUGGAACGAAAUGAACUGUUUAGUAAUACUGAUUUUUGGGCCAGUUGUGGUGGUUUGCUUGGAUUAUUUACUGGAUUUUCUGUGGUAUCUUUGGCAGAAAUUGUGUAUUUUUCGACGUUAAAGUGGAUAUGCAAUCUAUGGAAUAACAGAAAAUAGAGAACUUAUAUUAUUAGAUGAA